AUGGAAAAUAAUAAAAUUACGGGUGCAGAAUUAAUUGCUAAAGCACUUAAAAAGCAAGGUGUUGAUGUGGUUUUUGGUAUAGUUGGUAUACCUGUUAUAGAGGUCGCAGAGGCGAUAAUUUCUGAAGGAAUAAAAUUUGUUGGUUUUAGGAAUGAACAAUCUCUUAGUUAUGCUGCAAGUGCUUAUGGAUACCUAACAGGUCGUCCGGGUGUUUGUUUAGUGGUAUCAGGGCCAGGGGUUGUACACGCUUUAGCAGGAGUGUUUAAUGCGCAAGUAAAUUGUUGGCCACUUCUUUUAAUUGGAGGAUCAAUUGAUACAUAUCAAGAAGGAAUGGGCGCAUUCCAAGAAUUAGAUCAAGUAACUCUUUGUAGAGCAAAUUCCAAAUAUUCCACAAGACCACCAUCAAUUUCACAUAUUCCAAAUGUAUUAGAUAAAGCGAUUAGAAUAUCAAUAUAUGGUAGACCUGGACCAGUCUAUGUUGAUUUACCAGCAAAUUAUAUUCAAGGAUCAAUAAAUUUGGAUUCGAUAACGUUGCCGGAUCGAGCACCGGAUCCACCCAAAUCACUUGCUGACCCGAUUCAGAUCAAUAAUGCAAUAGAAUUAAUUGUAAAUUCUAAAAGACCUUUGGUCAUUAUCGGUAAAGGUGCAGCAUAUUCUCGUGCCGAAAAUGAGAUUAAAGAACUUAUUGAAAAAACAAAUAUCCCUUUCCUUCCUACUCCAAUGGGUAAAGGUGUUUUACCUGAUCAUCAUCAUUUAUGCGUGUCGGCUGCAAGAUCAAAAGCGUUGGCGAAUGCGGAUGUUAUAUUAUUAUUAGGCGCAAGGCUGAAUUGGAUCUUACAUUUUGGUUUAUCUCCAAAAUUUAAUAAAGAUGUAAAGAUUAUUCAAAUUGAUAUAUUGCCAGAAGAACAUUAUAAUAACUCUAGAAUUAUCAUUGCUUUACUAGGUCAUCUUCCUCUAGUUAUUUCGCAACUUAUUGAUUCAUUACCAAAAUCUUUUAAAUAUUCUUUGACAUCAGAUUAUUUCAUUUCACUUAAUCAAAAAAUUAAUGACAACAUUAAGAUUACUAAUGAAAAAUUUCAUGAUGAUCAUAUCCCUAUGAGUUAUUAUCGUGCUUUUUAUGAGAUCAAACAAAAGUUACCAAAAAAUGAUAUUGUACUUGUGAGCGAAGGUGCAAAUACUAUGGAUAUUGCUAGAUCCAUUUUUGAUAUACAAGAACCUAGGUGUCGAUUAGAUGCUGGCACCAUGGCAACCAUGGGAGUUGGUAUGGGUUAUGCCAUAGCAGAUUCGAAAACUUUUAACGAAACCCCUUUAAAUAAUUUACCUUCAACCGCUUUAUUACCAGAAGUUAGAUAUGAGUUAAUUGCUGAUGCUACAGGUGGUAAAGGUUAUUUUGUGAAAACUCCUCAAGAAUUAAGUAAUGCUCUUGAUGAAUCGCUGAAGGAUGAUGAUAGAUGUAUUGUUAUUAAUGUGAUGAUUCAACCAGCCGGAAAAAAGAAAUUGGAAUUUUCUUGGAUGGAAACGACAAAGCCAAAAUUGUAA